UGGGAGAUCGAGUUCAUUGGUACAUUUCAACUAUACAUUGCAAAAGAGACGCGAUUAAACCUAAAUCUAUGUGAAUCCUAUACCCUAAACCAAAAUACCUCACCGGGCCAUGUGGGCACGACGGCGCCUUCCAGGUCACCACGUUCUUGGCCGGCGCCAUGCAUGGUCCGCAAGCACCGGAGCGCGGCCGCCGUACUUGGCGUACAUGUCGAAUGCCAGCACGAGAUCCCCGGCGCCGGCGCAGGCUGCGGACGCCGCCGCAGCGGCCACGACGGAGAGCGACAGAGCCGCGCGUUUUCCAUUAGGGUGCCGAGUCCGACUCCGUCUCCAACAAUCAACACUGUCCUAGCUGGAUCCGACUCGGGUCGACUGUUGCGACACGAACCAAUCCGCUAUAAGAGGAGUGUCGACACACCCACCCAAAGCAAGAACCGAACCGAGUAGCCGAUCGAACGGAUAGAGCGAUGGAAGAGCAUGGCGACCAGACGCAGCUGCUGCCUGACGACGUGCUCGCGGCCGUCCUCGCCCGCCUCGCUCCGCGCGACCUCGCCACGUCCCGGUGCGUCUGCAAGCCCUGGCGGGACACCAUCGACGCUCGCCGCAUCCUUCGCGCCGAACUCCUCCCGCACUCGCUGGCCGGCUUCUUCAUCAACUUCAACGAUCUCAGGUACUCAGAGUUCUUCUCCCGCCCACCACCCUCUCCGUCCGAGGGGCCCGGGAUCCAAGAGAAAGAGCUCAUCUACCUCACCAUGCAAGCUCACUGCAACGGCCUUCUCCUGGUCCGCGACACGGUGGCAAACCCGGCCACGGGGUGGAGGGCACCUUUGCCGCCGUCGCCGCCCAAAACACCGGGGAUGGAGUGCUUCAUCGAUGAUGCCUACCUUGCAUAUGAUCCUACGCUGUCGCCUCACUAUCAAGUCCUUCUCCUACCUCGUGUUCCCUACAUCGAGCUUGACAUAGAACCGGACGAGUACCCGUUGAACAUGGUUGACCCGGCAAUGUUUGAAUUGGAAUGGCCGCCAUCAUCGUGUGUGCUGCCUGUCUUCUCAUCGUUCACCAAGCGAUGGGAGAAAAAGGCUUUCUCUCGGGUAGGGGAGGCUGCAGGAACCGUUCUUGAAUUGGGGAUAGCAGAUUUAUGGGAUAAUUCUUCCACCGCCGUCUACUGGCAUGGCACACUCUAUGUGCAAUGCCAAAAAGGUUUUGUUAUCAGGUUAUCAUUAUCAAGCAACACAUACCAAGUAAUUAAACCACCUGAAGAUCUUGAACCCGAGAGCUGCGAAACUAUUCAUCACCUCGGAAAAUCAAGAAAGGGUGUGUAUUACGCAUCAAUUAAAGAUUCAUACCAACUUCAGGUAUGGGUUCUCAACGAAUCAUGCGCUUAUACUAAGUGGGAGUUGGAGCAUGAUAGACACUUCAAUCUACUGCUAAACGACGGCCAACAAGUUUAUGGGCCCUGGAUCUUGCAAGAUGUUAACUACAACGAAGAAGAGUAUAUCAAUGUUAACGGUGACGAUGGCACCUCGGUAGUAGAAGGGAAUUUCAGAUGGGACUCUGAUGAUGAUGAGGAGGAGGGGGACGCAAAAGAUUUGGUGGACAAAUUCAACGGUGGAAUUUCAAUCCUUGGAUUUCAUCCUUUCAAAGAAAUUGUCUUCCUUAGUGCAGAUUUGAGUAGAGGACUGGCAUAUCAUUUAAAUACCUCCAAGAUUCAACACCUUGGUAACUUAUGCCCAAAGCAUUACCACGGUAUUACUCGACAUGGGUUUAUCAGAGCAUCUUUUCCUUAUACGCCUUGUUGGAUGGAAUAGUUCUGUGUAAUAGCCCAUAGAGAUUGACAUCUUUUUUUAACGGGAUAUAUAUUUGUUGGUACACAUUAUUUUUAGAACAUAUCAAAGUAUAUAUUC